AUGUUAGGAACGCAGAUAUUUGCAACCGCUAUCGUUCGAAUAGCUGGUAUUCGCAGAAAUGCUUUUGUCAGAACUAUAAACACCGUAACAAAGGAAAAUAUUGCGAAGAUAGAAAACUUAUAUGAAGUAUUUUCAAUUGGACAUAAUGGAUUCGGUGAAGAGACACGGCUACCGACUAAAGAGUUGACGAAACUACUAUACACUAAAAGUAGGAACAUGCUCGUACAGGUUCCAAUGAAUGGGCAUUUAAGCACAGUGAAUGCUUUCAAAACGAGAAACGAAACUUUACAGAAACUAGGUGAGCAACUCAUUGGUUUGGAAAUCAAUAAGAUGCUUACAAUAACGUUCACAAAUUUCCACCAGUUCAAUAUAAUGAACAAAAAUUUCAACUAUAUUCGUAACUUGGAAAGGCCUCGAGUGGUAAACUCGGAUUCGAUAAACUGGCUUAUCAGCAAUGUUUUGAAAAUCAAGCGAUUGGCUCAUUUGCGAAUACCUGCCAGCUUACCGAAGAAAAUGGGUUUGAAUUCCAGCUUUAAAGACUUUCAGAUCUUAAACGAUUGGAAAGUGAUAUUAUCCUUUAUCGGCUACCUGAGAUUAAUAGACAACAAAAACGAUAAUGAAAAAUUUAUAGAUUCCAUUAUAAAAACUAUAUGCCAAUCCCUAAUCAAUUUCCAUUUACGUAAAUAA